AUGUCUCUCUUCCAACCUGCCAACGACCCUCCUACCAAGCUCGGUAUCUAUCGCGUCCUGUCCUCUCGCGCAGGUGUGAGGGUGUCUCCUUUGGCCCUCGGCGCCAUGAGCAUCGGUGACAAAUGGGACGCGUUCGGUAUGGGCUCGAUGAAUAAGGAGUCUAGCUUCAAGCUUCUGGACGCGUAUUUUGAUAUGGGAGGAAACUACAUCGAUACUGCGAAUAACUAUCAAGAUGAGACAUCCGAACAAUUCAUUGGCGAAUGGACAGAGAAGCGAGGAAUACGGGAUCAAUUGAUUAUUGCGACGAAGUACACUUCCCACUUCAAGCGUGGAAAUGACGCUAUCGCGCAGAAGGUCAACUACGUAGGCAACAGUACCAAGUCUAUGCACCUCAGCGUCGAAGCGAGUCUCAAAAAACUCCGAACCUCGUACAUCGAUAUUCUCUACCUUCAUUGCCUUCACAACCUCGUCGCAGCGCGAAAGGUCCUCUACCUCGGGAUCUCCGACACUCCCGCAUGGGUUGUCUCCCAAGCCAACCAGUACGCCAUUGAUCACGGAAAGACACCCUUCGUCAUCUACCAGGGUAAAUGGAAUAUUUUGGACCGCUCGUUGGAGCGCGAGAUCGUUCCCAUGGCCAAGUCUCUGGGUAUGGCGAUCUCUCCAUGGUGUGUAAUUGCGGAAGGGAAGCUUCGGACGGACGCAGAGGAGCAGCAGCGUCGGGAGACGGGAGAGAAGGGACGUAUGAUGUUUGGAGAUUGGCAACGUACCGAGGUUGAGGUGAAGGUUUGUAAGGCGUUGGAGAAGGUAGCAGCCGAGGUUGGCGUCGGGUCCAACAUCAGGGCGGUUGCGAUCGCGUACUUGAUGCACAAAACACCUUACGUCUUCCCAAUUCUCGGAGGCCGGAAAGUGGAACACCUCAAGGCGAACUUAGCGGCGCUGGAUGUUUCGUUGUCUAAGGAGCAGAUGGAUUACUUGGAUAGCGUUGUGCCUUUUGAUCCUGGGUUCCCGACGACAAUGAUUGGCGACGGAAGCAAUUACAAUAUCUUCCUCGCGUCGACUGCGAAGAUGGCGAAGCUACCGGCUUUGCAACCUAUCAAGCCUUGAUCAUCUGUUAAUCAAUUGUUGCUCUGAAUGUUCCCGGUUUUCGUAUAGCUAUCCAAGAUAUACGUGUUUGUGCAACGAAAUUCAAUUAUAGUGGCAGCAAUCAAAUUUAUCCAUAGGUUUCGUUACGUUCACUGUAUUAACCAUUGGAUAGGAUGUUACAUCAUAGUCUGGAUGCAUAUCAUGUAAAUGUUACUCGAAACUUUGCCUUCCAGCCUGUAGACCUUGAUGAAGAUUUCUGCUAUCAUCGUAAAUUUCAUGGAGUAGAGGCAACUAGUAGACGCAAGGGAGCAUAACAUCAGUUCAUUGGCGUAUACC